CCGCGGCAGGGCUGGACUAUCCACGACACACCUGUGGCGGCCUCAGACUGCUGACGUCAGCUCUGACAACGACGCGCGGUCCAGCCGGGAACGACGGCAAAGCGGACCAAUCACAGCCGCCGCAGCGACAGGUGCGCGUCGUCUGUAAACCAAUGAGAGAUUACAAAGAGGCGGAACUUACAGAGCCGACGCUGCGUCGUUCGGAAAUGACAAAUGACGGCGGGCGAAGAAGAAGAAGAAGAGGAAGAAGAAGAAGAGGAAGAAGAGUAGAAACUUUGUGAGUGAGGACGGCUCAGUAACUUGGAGGGGGUGUUACGCACGACAGAGAAGGGCAGCGGUCACACUCUUCACACCACAAGCCAGACUCACACGGGGAGAAGCGACUGUCCUCCGCGGGAGCGGAACAAAGACGGAAGACGCCACAAGUUGUAUUCGGUGUCCCCGAAGACUGAAGCCCAGCGGCGGACCGCCGGAGCCUCGUCCGUGGUGAAGAAGAAGGGUCCCAGCAGAAGACACCAUGACGAACAGGGAAGACGAGUACGACUAUCUUUUCAAAGUGGUUCUGAUCGGAGACUCAGGUGUAGGGAAGAGUAACCUAUUGUCUCGUUUUACGCGGAACGAGUUCAACCUGGAGAGUAAGAGCACCAUUGGGGUGGAAUUUGCCACCCGCAGCAUCCAGGUAGGGGGCAAGACCAUCAAGGCCCAGAUCUGGGACACGGCCGGGCAGGAGAGAUAUCGCGCCAUCACAUCUGCGUACUACCGUGGAGCAGUUGGAGCUCUCCUUGUUUAUGACAUUGCCAAGCACCUGACCUAUGAAAACGCUGAGCGCUGGCUGAAGGAACUCCAGGACCACGCAGACAGCAACAUCGUCAUCAUGCUGGUUGGCAACAAAAGUGAUCUGCGCCACCUACGGGCAGUGCCCACGGAUGAGGCCAAGGCCUUCGCAGAGAAGCAUGGCUUGUCAUUCCUGGAGACAUCUGCUUUGGACUCCUCCAAUGUGGAGCUGGCAUUCCAGACGAUUCUUACGGCCAUCUACGACAUUGUAUCACAGCGGCAGAUGUCAGGACGCAGCGACUCUGACUUCUCGCCCGGCUCCAACAUCGUGCCCAUCACCGUCCAGCCCACGCAGAGCUCAGCCAGGCAGACGCCAUGCUGCCAGAACAACUGAGAUCCUCGCCGUGACCGCCACUUUCACCUCCAGGUUACUCCCAAACAGACAGACAGGUGGGGACGCAGGUGGACAAACACAGGGGGCAGGCAGCGAGAAUCAUUGCACUGUGGGAUUUUUUUUUUUUUUUUUUUUAGUGGGGUUGAUUGGGUCCAUUGCAAUUUAAAAAAGGUUUCUUUGCAGAAAGGAAAUGGGGGGGGGGGGGUAAUCAAGAGAUUUUAUUAAGAUGAAGAGCCGGGGGAUGGAAGAGUAAGAUGGAAGGGAAGCAGAUGACCAUCCUCAUGCCGUUUGCUUCCACAAUGGCGAUAUUGUACAAUUUCCACUGGGCGAUUUCAGGCUGUGCAGUUCUGCUCAGCGCUUGAUCGACCUUUCAAAGGCUGAUCAGAGAUAGACAGGAGCAGAGUUGAUUUGUGCUGAAAUGAGAAACAGAGUACAUUAUGACAUCCCCUAGUGUCCCUUCAUAUUUUCUUUCCUCUCAUAGUAAACUCCUCUCCCAUCAAAAGCUGCAUCUAACCAGCCGGUGAGCACUCGCCACCGGUCAGGACGGCCAAUAAACGCUGACUCUUAUGAGACGGGACCUCUCUCAAGUGCAGCCCCUCUGUUUCUGCUGCGAAUCACGUCAUCCCAGAGAGUGUUUCCGGUUUCUCUUUCCCCACGUUAUUUACUACUAGAUUACUAGUACUAGUACUAGAUUGAGGUCUCCCUUGGCCAAAGCAUUUGCAUAUGUAAUACUUCUUGCUUACUUCACAAAGAAAGAUAUUCUCUCGGUACUUUUUUAUGCUUCUGCUUUUGGUCCAAGUCAAAUUCUUUUCUUGAAAGAGCUGUUAAAUGUGGCUGGCCUUUAUUAAUAAUGGAGGAACAAGGAGUUCAAACAAUCUCCCAAAUGAAAAGGCCUUUGUCGGGGCCAGGGGAGAUAUGGGCAGCUGACAUGUUUUGUAAAGGGGCGUCAUAGCAAAAAAUCAUCCGUCCCUAAUUCUCGGCAUGUCAUGUCUCCGUGUUUGGAAGAUGUUACUGUCUUGUGCACGUGUUGUGUAAAGGAGGCGUGCGCUCACUAGCUGUUAGGGGGUCCUCUCAUCUGUAGACGGUGUAACUGCGUUGCUGAUGAGCGUUUCACUGAUCGACGUGUUGGUGUGGAGGCAGGCGGGGGCUUGGGGGUGUGAGGGGUGAGUGGAUGGGUGGAAAUGGAUGGACGCUCCUGCCUGCUACUUGGGAUGGAUGAGCAGGUCAUAGUUCAGGAUUUGGGGUGGUGAGGCCCUGCACUGCUGCUGUAGUGUCUGCACUACUCACUAUGGGUUGUUUUACUGUAAAUUAAAUCUGGAGCUGCCCGUCCACUCAACCUCUUCCUCGCUCGGUCCUCUCUCAAGACUUGGCCUUCUGGGAUCUCUCUACCACAUAGGUGGCCCAGCUUUGUUUUGCUUUUCGUGGGUCGGGGGGGGGGGGCUGUAGUUUAGUCCAGGGUUAGAAUUGGAUUGGUUGGUAAUCCAGCAGAUGUCGAAGGCUGCUGAAGGAACAUUAGAAAGGUUUUUUUUAGCGUUCUGUCGGGUGGGAUGGGCUAAUUCUAGCUGAAGUAUGUGCAUGUAACUGUUCCCCUGCCACGGUGCUCCCACACCAGCACUAGUCCACUGCACUCACAGCCCCUCAGCCGGCUCGCUGGAAACAAGGUUUUUCAGAGGUUAUUCUAAUAUCUGUAUAUUUGGACUGCAUAUGUAUAAAUGAAUAAAUCUCAUUUGUUAAUAGUCUGAUCCCUUUGUUUGCUUUGACUGAGCGUCGGAUCAUUUUAAAGUAAGAUGUGUGGUAAGUAAGGGACUACCAUGUGGUAGUGAAUCACAUAGGGCUGUGUUAUUAUUAUUUCAAUACAAGUUGCAUUAUGUAGAGUUUCUGAAACAUACAGUUAUUGCCAGUGUGUUUGAAACUAGAUAAUAUGUAGAUUUAUAUUAGAAAGAAUUUCAUAAAUCCAAUUUUCCUUCAGUUAUUGACACACGGCUGUGAUCAAUAAUCGUGAUCACAAUGCAGGACCGUCUUAAUGGUAAUGCCCAGAAAACCAAUACGACAGCGGCCGGCUUCGUUGAAGAGUAUUUCAUUUUUGUUUUAUUAGAAACAUUUACAAUACAUCUUGAAUCUUGGAAAAAUAACAAAGAACCAGAACUAAUAUGGCGCAGAUACAAUAAUAAUAAAAAUGUUCCAAAAAAUGUAAUUCACAAAAAACAUGUGCUAUAAGAAAUAAACCUGCAAUAUGACAUGCCUUGAAAGGGGCACGCACACUGUAACAGAGUUCAAGACUUGUUUUUUUUUUUGUUUUUUUUCCAUCCAUCAAAGUUGACGUUCAUCCACGGAGGGUCACGUGGGGAUCCCUCUCUCACUGUUCACAGAGAAACCAGAAACUAAUGCCAGCUGAUGCUGGCCCAAAAACUAUGCACUAAGACCACUAAUAGACCGGUAUGAAACACCUCUACUGUGCUGGAAGAAUCGGAAAUGCUACCAAAGACGUACUGUCAGACUGGAUUGGCCCCUUUGGAAAGAGGUUGCGGGCUCUGCAGCAAGACCACUUCAGUCCCCGGGUUUGACAGGUGGCAUUUAAUGUGCCAGUGUGGUGUGAUUUCAUAUUUUUCUUUGUUUACUCUAUUAAAUAGGCUAUCAACUCUUGUACCAACUCAGAACGUCGAGUCAAUCCAUAAGAUGAGCCGCCACAGCUCAUCAUCAUUACCAGAGAAGCGAGGACACAGAACUCACGUAUCGGGGAUGACGCGGGGACUGAAACGAUCUUCCGACGCUCUCGUUUUCCAAAGAGGCGCAAACUAUGAAAAUCUACAGAGGAGGAACGGCCCGGGAGAGCCCCGGCGUCAGCGGCUUAACACACACAGCGGCCCGGGUCCUUCCUCCGAGCUAAGUG